AUGUCUAUAAAAUCUGAACAUAUUAAAAAAUAAUCAAGAUUAAAUAAUUCUAAUACAAAUAAUAUUAGUAACAUUUUAGAUAACCUUUUAAGUCACAAGUAAAAAGUAAAUGAUUAAUAAGGUCUUUAUUAAUCAGAAUUAUUUGAAGUAUCAUAAUUAUAAUAUUUUGGUGGAGGUUAAAAUAAAUAAUCUGUAAUUUAAUAAUCACUUUUAUAAUCAAUUCAUAAUGAAACAAUGGAGAUAGUUAAAGAUUAAACAUAAUAAUGUCAUUUUGAAGAUAUUUAUUAAAAUGCAAGAAAAGAUUUUUCAUUAUAAAAAUCUCUUGUUAAUGAUAAAAAUGAAGAAGACUUAGAUAAUUUAUUAUAUGAUUUAUAUUAAUGUACAAUAAAAUAAUUACCAAAAUAAUUAUGA